UUGCUCCCCAAUUAAUCCCAACACAUGAUUUGAUGCCACACCCACUACAUAAAGAGAGCACGCGAAAAGGAGGUGGGAAAAAGCAGAGAUAUCUGAAAAACGAGAGAUUACAGAGAACCUAGCAGCAGCCGCUUCUCUUCUUCCCAAUCCACCUGAAGAGAAUGCAGCAAUAACCAGUAAAUCAAAGAAGUAAUUGCAUUGGCCAUCUGCACACAUCAACACUACCAUGGAGACAACUACAAUUGAAGUAUUGCAUGAUUGCCUCAUUCGCAAAAUAGUAUCCUACCUUACUUUUAAAGAAGCAGCUAAGAUGAGCAUUCUCUCCAAAACAUGGCUACAAGCCUGGUUGACUCAUCCCAACUUGGAAUUCACAGUUGAUUAUCGCCACGACAUGAAAAUGGUGGAUAAAGUCAUGGAGAGAUAUAGGGACAGAAAAAUCCCUAUUGACAAGUUUGAAUUAUCAUCAGAUUCUAGUUCUCUUGAAGAUAUUGAGAAGUGGCUCGGAAUAGCUCUUCAGAAUGGUGUUAAAGAUUGUAGAUUUCAUGGCUUAGCAUGCCCCUUGCCUAUUUUCAUAAUCUUGGCAGCAAAAUCUUUAAAAGAAUUGGUUCUGACACGUUGCAACCUACGGAGUGUUUGUUUAUCUAGUGGUGUGGCGAACCUUUAUUUGGAGAAGCUAUCUUUAUCAUCUAUCUUUUUGACUGAAGGCAUGCUUCAAACUCUACUCACUAAUUGUCCCUUGAUUGUCAGUUUCGUCAUUGAUAGUUGUUAUGGGUUGGAUAAGAUCGAGCUGCGGAAUCUUCAAAAGAUCAGGUCAGUUUCCAUAACAAAAAGCAGUCGAAAACGUGUUAAAAUCCAAGCACCAACUCUUGAACACUUUUCUUAUUAUCAGUUGUCUGUGGAAAAAUUGGAUAUUGUUGAAUGUAAGAAUUUGAAAUCUUUAGAACUAUCAUAUGUGACUCUAUCUGGUGGUUUUCUCGAGCACCUUAUCUCUGGAUUCCAAUUCCUUGAGUAUUUGGUAAUAGUGUGCCUUGGUAAAGGGUCGGAAAGGUUUAACAUUUUGAGUCGAUCUCUAAGGGUAUUGAAGAUUGAGGAUUGUGAGGGUGUAGGAGAAAUUGAUACUCCAAAUUUGGAAUCAGUUGAGUAUAUUGGAGAUCAAAUUCCAAGGCUCAAAAUUACGAAAACGUCAAGCCAAUUGAAGCACUCACAGAUUGUUCUUCACUGUCAGAACAAUUUAAAUGUUGUGUGGUUUUAUGAGUUGAGAAGGUUCCUGUCAAACUUGACCUCUUGGUCUCAAGUUUCCCUUCAUUUUUCCAAAUGCCAUGAGAUAAAUAGGAAAGAAUUGAAACCGCACGAUAGAGUUGCUCUCCCCCAAGUGAACGUUUUAGAUGUAGAUAUAAAAUCAUCCGGGAAUUGCCCAACUUUUAUAGAUGCUUUGCUAUGGAGUUGUCAUCCCAAGAGACUCAACCUAUCAUCAACGGUCAAAAUGAUUAUAUGUUUCAUCGAUCGUUUAACGUAUUCGAAGAAUUCAAGUCAUUCUAAUUCUCAUGAAAGCAAGCCUAUGCGUAGUCAAUUAAAAGAAGUAAAAGCCUACAAAUUUGACUGGAAAAAUCAACCUGUGGAACUCAAAAGUGGGGAGCUAGCGAUAAGGAGCCUUACGGAGAGUGAGAAAGUUUAUUUUUUAUUAGAUUGGUGAUGCAGUUAAUUUGUCUCUAUUUCAAAGUGAAUGCACUUAUUCAUUUCUAAAGUUUAUUAAUCUAUUUUUCAGGAUAUUUUUCUUUUA